GAGGACAAGUGUUCCCUCUUGGCUUGUUUUGUUAAUGAAUUAAUGAUCUUUCUCCACCGUUUCUCUUCCUCGUCUCCUUGUCCUUCUUCUUUGUUUUCUCUCUCCCAGAAAUUUCAAGAUGAUGCUCGGUUUUCAACGGAUCCAAUGGAUGCUUGAUCUCUUCGUCGCAGGGAUUUCGUUGAUGGUGGUUUUGGGGAUCUUCACCUUUGUGGCCUCCAUUCUUUGCUCUGCAGCAUUCAUCCACCAUUCCAAGCUCCCUUCUUAGACGCUCUCAGUACAUGGCAAAAGGUCAAUCCUUUUUUCAAAACUUGGCAGAUUCAUGUUCAAAGGCUUAUCUGAUGAUGUGUAUUUUGCUGCUUCAUUAGAAUAAAUGCUACCAAUCAUAUGUUGUUGAAUGUAGGUUGUAUGACAUAUGAAUCAUGUUGAAUAUGCUCAUCUUGAAUAA